GCAGUUGGUUUUGUUCAGUCUUGCCACACAUUUUUACCACUGAAAGCUGUCAAAAUGAUGACUGGAGGGCCCGGGCAUACAGUAGCUGCUGAUGAAGAAAUUCAAAAGAUCUGUGAAGGUAUGAAGCCCUACGCAGAUCAGAGAGCAGGAAAGUCCUAUGAUGUCUUCAUCGCCAAGAGUUACAGGAGUCAGGUUGUGUCUGGGACCAACUACUUCAUAAAGGUGCAUGUGGGAGGAGAGGAUCACGUUCACCUGCGUGUUUACAAAAAACUCCCAUGUAAUGGAGGAGGCCUGGAGCUGAGUGAUAUGCAACAAUCCAAGAGUCACCAGGACCCUAUUGAGUACUUCUAAUAGUAUCAUAAACCGAGCAAAGUAUCCUAUCAACAAUCAAUACCAAAAUACUUUGUUUUUUUUUAUCUUGGCUCAUUAUAUGAAACCAGUGUUGUUCCUAUUACUAACAUGUAAUAACAUACCAUACAUCAUGAUGAUAGAAGAUGACAGUAUGUCAAGAACAAGAACAAAUUAAAAAAAUGA